AUGGAUAGAAAUGGUUUUCUGACAGUGUUCUUAUUUAUCUCCAUUGUUGCGGAGGCUUCCAAUGCUUCUUUGCUCUCCAAGCAUAGAAUUUUGAUUGGUGAGCCUCAAAACAACAGUUCGACAGUACCAGGCAAGGAUUCUCCGGUGCCAAGUCCUCCUCCGCCUCCUCCGCCUCCUCCGUCUCCUCCCCCUCCAGUUUCAAGUUCUGGUGGCAAUAGGUCUGUUCCUAAGGCGGAUGAUGAUCCAAGUAGGAACAAAACGGACUCUCUGCCACCCGCCAAGACUCCGAAAGCGGAUCCAGGUCCAAGGGGUUUGAAUAAUAAUACUAAAACGGAUGAAGGGAAGGAUCCGAAUAAAGAAAAGAAGGAUCCAAAUCCGACGCCUGACAAGGAAUCCAAAGAGGAUCCAAACCCGGUUCCUGCUACGACACCGAAACAGGAUCCGAAUUCAAAGCAGUUGAAAGAUGAACCGAAUUCGGCGAGUGCACCUCCUGAAGGUGGUAAGGUAAAGAAUAAGGAGGACUCGCCUGAAGGUGGUAAGGUAAAGAAUAAGGAAGACUCCCCUGAAGGUGGUAAGGUAAAGAGUAAGGAGAUAGAGAAGAAGGAGAAGAAAGAUAAUGUGAACAAUUCGCAGAAUGCGGAUAGGGAAAGCUGCGAUGGGAUAAUCAAAACAUGCAAGGUCAAGGAUGUGGUGGUUGCUUGCAUUAAGAGCUUUGAUAGUGGGUCCAAAGAAGUGGUCAUUCUGGUCCAAAACGUUGGAGACAGCAUUUUGAAGGCAAAGGUUUCUACAGAAAAUACCAAGAUGGACCUAAAGAUUGCCGAACACCAAAAUGAGAAGGUCAAUAUAUCACUUGAUAUUGAUAAAAGCACCAAAAUAACUCUAAAUACUGGAAACAGAGAAUGUGAGCUUCAUAUGGACCCUCCAGUAUCUGAUGGAAAUUUUUUCCUGCGUCUUCCUUCUUAUGAGAAGGUAGUGACCCCAAUCAAUGGUGCUUACUUCUUGAUUGUUACAGUGCUAAUUUUUGGAGGGAUGUGGGCUUUCUGCAAGGUUAGGAAGAGGAAACAGCGUACUGGAGGUGGAGUUCCAUAUCAGGAACUUGAAAUGGGAUUGCCAGAAUCUGUUUCGGCAACUGCUGUAGAAACGGCUGAAGGCUGGGAUCAGGGUUGGGAUGAUGAUUGGGAUGGAGAUAAUGCAGUGAAGUCACCAGGGGCGCAUCUUGUGGGAAGCAUCUCGGCGAAUGGCCUUACUUCUAGGUCUGCAAACAAAGAUGGGUGGGAAAAUGAUUGGGAUGAUUAG